CUCGUCCCAAAGCAAGCAAGCAGCCUGAGCGCUAGUUGAUCGAUCAACUAGCCAGCCAAGGAGCGGAGUGAGAGUGUGAGGAAGAUGUUCGGGUGGAUGACGCCGCCGCAGCUCAAGGGGAAGGUGGUGCUCAUGCGCAGGAACCUCCUCGACUUGAACCACUGGCAGCAACCCGUGAGCCACGACACCUGGGACGAGGUCACCACCAAAGGCGUCACCUGCCAGCUCAUCAGCUCCACCGUCGCCGACCCGAAUGAUGAGAGUGGCACCCGGGGUCUCUUGGGCGAAGAGGAGCGGGUUGAGCACUGGGUGCUCCACUUGCCCCCGAUCAACCACGGCGAUACCACCUACGAUGUCACCUUUGACUGGGACGUGAAGAAGCAAGGCAUUCCUGGCGCCGUCAUCGUUCGGAACUACCAUGCCACCCAGUUCCUCCUCAAGACCAUCACCAUCGACGACAUCCCCGGCCACGCCGGCCCCAUCGUCUUCGUCGCAAAUUCAUGGGUCUAUAACACCAACAAGUACCACUACGACCGAGUCUUCUUCACCAACGACACGUACCUGCCAAGCGAGAUGCCGACGUUGUUGCAGCCGUUCCGAGAGGACGAGCUCCGGAUCCUGCGAGGGGACGACCCCAGGCAGAAGAACGGCGCCUAUGAGGAGCACGACCGCGUCUACCGCUACGACCUCUACAACGACCUCGGCGAUCCAGACCACAAGAACCCUCGCCCCACCCUCGGCGGCCCGGACAGCUUGUACCCAUACCCGCGCCGAGGCCGCACCGGCAGGAAGCCCAUGGUGACCGACCCCACGUGCGAGAGCAGGAACGUCUUACCCGUGCUCCAACAGUUCUAUGUCCCCCGCGACGAGAACUUCAACCAUGUCAAGAAAGCCGACUUCACGGCCUACCUCAUCAAGGCCAUCUCCGGCGGCAUCCUCCCCCUCCUCCGCCAGCAGUUCGACUCCGUCUCGCCGCGCGAGUUCGACGACUUCGAGGACAUGUACAAGCUCUACGAAGGCGGGCUUAAGAUCCCCGACAUCCCCGCCCUGGACGAGCUGUUCAAAUCGUUCCCGCCGCUGAGGAGCAUCAUGCCGGCCGGCGGGGACUUCCUCCUCAAGAUGCCCAUGCCGCAUGUCAUCAAGGAGGACAAGCUCGCGUGGCGGACGGACGAGGAGUUCGCCCGGGAGAUGCUCGCCGGCCUCAACCCACACAUCAUCACCCGCCUGAAGGUGUUCCCUCCGAGGAGCACGCUUGAAGGGUACGGUGACCAGACGAGCAAGAUCACGGUGGAGCACAUCCAACACAACCUCGGCAAGCUCAGCGUCGACAAGGCAAUCGACGCCAAGAGGCUCUUCAUCCUAGACCACCACGACAACUUCAUGCCUCACCUGCUAAAGAUCAACAGUCUUCCAAACACAUUCGUCUACGCCACCAGGACGCUUCUUUUCCUGCAAGACGACGGCACUCUCAAGCCAAUCGCCAUCGAGCUCAGCAAGCCCCUACUUAACGACCUCGGCACCAAAGUGGUCGGCGCCGACAGCAAGGUCUACACGCCCCCCUCCUGUGGCUCGGAGUCGGAGAGGGCUGUCCAAGACACCAUCUGGCAGCUGGCCAAGGCCUACGCCGCCGUGAACGAUUCCGCGUGGCACGGCCUCAUCAGCCACUGGCUCCAUACGCACGCAGUCAUCGAGCCGUUCGUGAUCGCCACCAACCGGCAGCUCAGCGUCACGCAUCCCAUCCACAAGCUCCUGCAGCCACACUACCGCGACACCAUGACCAUCAACGCCCUGGCACGCCAAGUCCUCAUUAGCGCUGGUGGCUUCUUCGAGAUGACGGUCUGUCCAGGUGAGCACGCACUGAGAAUCUCCUCUGAAGUCUAUAGGAACUGGAACUUCACCGAGCAGGCACUGCCGGUAGACCUGAUCAAGAGAGGUGUGGCGAAGGAGGACACGGAGAGCCCGUGCGGAGUGUCGCUGCACAUCAAGGACUAUCCGUACGCGGUGGAUGGGUUGGCCGUCUGGUCGGCCAUCGAGACUUGGGUCGACGAGUACUGCAGGAUCUACUACCCCUGUGAUGACGUGCUUCGGUCCGACGUCGAGCUACAGGCAUGGUGGAAGGAGGUGCGUGAGGUCGGCCAUGGCGACAUCAAAGACCAGCCCUGGUGGCCCAAGAUGACAACCGUGAACGAGCUCGUCAGGUCAUGUGCCACCAUCAUCUGGAUCGCCUCUGCGCUGCAUGCGGCCGUCAACUUUGGCCAGUACUCAUACGCCGGCUACCUCCCCAACCGUCCGACGGUGAGCCGACGGCAGAUGCCGGAGCCGGGCACCAAGGAGUACAAGGAGGUGGAGACUGACCCGGACCUGGCCUUCAUCCACACCAUCACGAGCCAGCUCCAAAGCAUCAUUGGAGUGUCGGUGAUCGAGGUCCUGUCCAACCACUCCUCCGACGAAGUCUACCUGGGGCAGCGCGAUGAGCCAAAGUGGACAUCAGAUGUGAAGGCGAAAAAGGCGUUCGAGGACUUCAGCCAGAAGUUGAUCGACAUCGAGAAGAGAAUCAUGAAUAUGAACGCGAAUCGCCAACUCAAGAACCGGAAUGGGCCAGCAAAAUUCCCCUACAUGCUUCUCUACCCCAACACAUCUGACAUCGAUGGUGAGAGCGCCACCGGGAUCACAGCCAAGGGCAUCCCCAACAGCAUCUCCAUCUGAUGAAUGUUAUGGCGUUAUGUUAUUGUUGUAUAUUUCCCAUUUCAAAUAAGGAACGCUGCAUGUGCACGUUCAUGAGUGGCCAGAAGCGUGCUCGUUCACGUUGAGGCGAGUUGUGUUUAUUUUCCUGUUGAUGAAGCUGUUUUGGCCGCAAUGCAAAGCCCGUGGGAUGGCACGGAUGAAGGGUUGUGGUCGGCCAGUGUGUUGAGCUGGACCGUAUAUAUGUUGAAUAAAGCAAGCGAGUGUCUAUUUGCAUGUC